CCACGAACGCGAAUCAGCCAGCCAUAGCAUCAAUUGGCGACUCUUCUUCGCGUGCUGCGCAAGCUUCUGUCGUGUUUCCAGAAAUUUGCUCUUCUCCAAUAUUCAGACGGAACCCGGCCUCACAGCAGACCAAUUGGAACAUCGUUAUAUGCCGAACAUCAGUCCGUAGGGAAAUCGAAACUGGUUGGAGAGUUGUCACGAGAAUAUGGAGGCUUCAUCGCCCCUGGCCGCGAUUCGGCCUGCUCCGCCGUCUUUUAGCCAGCCAGAAGUGCUUGGACCGCGCAAUAGCAACUUGGCGCCACCGACAGGUCUCUUCAACUUCAAGCGAUCCAAUGCAGACUUGUUCAACACCAAACAUGCGGAAAGAUCUUCGCCUAAGGGCUCGUUAGCGGCCGGGUCGUCAGAAAACUUCAAGCUUAAUGAAGCAGGGUUAGCCUUCUCACCUAGAGCUCGAACAACCGAUAGCAUCGUCGACAGUGUUGACCAAAUGGAAAUCUGCAGUAGCCCGUUACUUCCGACUCCACGGCGUGCGCUGUUCACCUCAACGGGUAUCGAGAACACUGCUGAAGGUCGUGGGUAUGCAACCACGCCGCCACCUCCUGCAUCAUCGUCACCUGCAGUCAACAGGUUGGACAUGUCUCCGGUACCGAUCAGGGCACCUUUCCUGUCCCGUCUCGCCGUUAGUCCUUCUCCAACUCCGGUUGAUUCUGGUGAUGAGGACACUUUACCAGACUCACCUGCUGCUGUGCGGCAGUUGUCCCAAGAAUCCAAGGGAAUUGGUGCCGAGCGAAGGAAACUUGGUUUGUCUCGUCCACCUCUGGCCCGGGCCAAAGGUUACAGCACGAGUAGUAUACCCGGCCGCUCCAACGGCUCCGGGUCGGGACUGCCGCCCUUUCGCUUCGGUGGUCGGAGCCUAAAGGUACCCAUCUCCCCUUCGGUGUCAUUAUCAUUGAGCGAAUGUUUCGAGGAAUCACCCCCGCAGGAGCGCCGGACACCUGUCUUGCCGGGUAGUCCGUGCUCUAACGCGGCGGCAGCGCGCUGCAGGACUCAUCAUGGCAGCGUGAGCAGCAUUAACAGCGUCCGCAAACGUUCUCCCACCAAUACACCUUCGAACCCCUUUGCCCGGCAAAGGAAAACAUUCCGCCGCUCGCUGUCCAUGUUUGAGAGCCCGGGUGACAUUGUCAAGCCUAAGGAACGGACAUCUCUUCCCUCCGGUCUCAAGUCUGUCGUGGAUGUCGACGAACCUCAGGAGCCUCUGUUGCCACACUUCUUCCCCUCAGGCGAGAACGAUUCCAUCCCGCGCAUCAGUCGAGACACAUUGCUUGAAGUUCUGGACGGCAAGUAUGGCAGUCAGUACUCGCACAAGAUAAUUGUUGACUGCCGGUUCGAAUACGAGUACGAAGGUGGCCACAUUGACGGGGCUAUCAAUUACAAUGACAAGGAGCUUUUGGCGAGACAUUUGUUCGAGACCCCCAUGGAAGGGCGCACGCUCUUGAUCUUUCACUGCGAAUAUUCGGCCCACCGCGCGCCCAUCAUGGCCCGUCACAUACGAUCUGAAGACCGCACUAUCAACGCCGAAUUCUACCCCAAACUCACGUACCCCGAUGUUUACAUCCUGGAUGGCGGCUAUAGUGGAUUCUUCCAAAACCACCGAGAACGUUGUUGUCCUCAAGCGUAUAUCGAGAUGAACGCCGCCGAACAUGUCAACACGUGCGAGCGAGAAAUGGGUCGUCUACGCCAGACUCGCAAGGGCUUUAGUAGGGCCCAGACCUACGCAUUCGGGCAGCGCGAACGCAAGUCCGACAAAUUCGAGGCUGUUUCGCCAACCGCGCCGGGCCGCAAGGUUUCUCGGGAUGAUGAGGAGGACAUGAUAGGAGCAUCGCCCAUUCUCGGAAAUGACCGAAGCCAUUCUAGGCGCAUGGCUACCUUCUGAAGCCGAGAAGUGGCAUGCCCAGACAUGAACAGACACCACCUCUGUCGAUAUGGGCUGUGAUUUACUGCAUGGAGAGCGUCUGAC